CAAGUCUGACCCAAUAAAUUAACUUUAGAUCAACAUUUAUUAGUUAGUAAUUGAUGCUACAAAUUAUAAAAUAAUCCUAAUCUUUAUGGUUGACAUUUUAAAUUAAAAAAGUAUUUAACGUUUUUCACGGAGAUACGAGUAUCAUUUAAUAUUAAUAAUAAAUAUUCCUGCUAGCUUAAUUCAAGGUGACAACUAGAUAGAGACAUGCAAGUCAUGUUCAUAUGAUCAGGUCAGAAAAUUCAUUAGAUGCAUAAAAUUAAAUAUUUUCAGUUCAAAUAAGAGUCAUCUUCUUUCAUUGUUCAUUCUCAUUUCUAAAUGGGCAAUGAAAUUUCUUCAUUUUCUGUUUCCAUGUCUGCUAAAAAAUGGGGAAGAAAUUGUCCAAUUUACUUACACAAAGCACUAAGUUUGACAGUGUUUUUUUUAUUAGAAUUUCUUGAAGCAAUUCUGUGUAUAGUUUACAGAUUUCUUGAUAGGUUUAUUGAAGGAAAAUCAUCUUCAUGCUACUGUGGGAACAAGAAUUCAAGAAACUCAAGCCUUAAGGAGGAGUCAGAAUCUUUGUAUGACAGGAGAAACAUUUUCUCCAAAAUGUAUUUGUUUGCAAUUCUAAGAAAAUGGAUUGACAGCAACAAUAAUAUUGAUCAUUCAGUUGGCAAAUGUGUGAGAAAUAGGUGGUCUGAUUGCAAUUGUGAGUCUUGUAUUUCUUGGAUCAAACAUGGUAGUGACAAGCUUCAUGUUGUUAUAAGUCAACCUUCAGGCAGCAAUACUAAGAAGCCAAUAGAAAAUGUAAUAUUCAUACAUGGGCUGUUUAGCUCUUCAUCAUUCUGGACAAAAUCGGUGUUUCCAAAUUUGUCGGAAACUACAAAACAGAGCUACAGGUUGUUUGCUGUUGAUCUUCUGGGAUUCGGGGAUAGUCCUAAACCAAUGGAUUGUUUGUACACUUUGAAAGAUAACCUGGAAAUGAUAGAGAAUUCUGUAAUAAAUCCAUAUGAAUUGCAAUCUUUCCAUUUGGUUGCACAUUCUAUGGGCUGCAUCAUUGCUUUAGCUCUCGCUUCCAAAUACUCUAAUACCAUAAAAUCAGUCACUCUCGUUGCACCGGCUUGUUUUCCUCAUUACAAUAAACUCGGAGGAGAUUUAGAAGUGCUUAAAAGAGUAGCAAUACAAAGAAUAUGGCCACCGGCGGUAUUUGUUGGCGCAGUUGCUUCAUGGUAUGAACACCUCUCUCGAAGUCUUCAUUUUAUAAUUUUAAGACAUCAUCAAACAUGGGAAAAGCUCCUCAAACUACUCACCAAUAGAGAACCAAGUAAUGGAAUGAAAGACUUCACCAAGCACACGCAUCAUUCGAUUUGGCAUACGACACACAAUGUCUUAUACGGAGGAGCAAAAUUCGUGGACGAAUAUUUGGAAAUUCUAAAGAAAUCGAGAGCUAAAAUCAGUAUUGUACAAGGUGAUCGUGAUAAAUAUGUUCCAAUUGAUUGCAGUUACUAUAUUAAGCAGAAAAUCCCUCGUGCAGACCUAAACAUCGUACCUAAUGCGACACAUAAUUCUGUAAUUUUUCAAAGAAAAAAAGAGUUUAUUCAGAAUUUAGAGCGCCUAUGGGCAUCAAGUCUUGCGGUAAAGAGCUUUAUGUGAUUAUAGAUUUAUUUUCAUGGUGUGAUGUUUAUUUGUUAAUUUAUAAUUGAAAAGCUUAACCUAUGGUAGCAACAAAUAGACAGAGAGAGAGCUUAUAGUUUCAUAUUAAAUUUUGUUAUGCACUUUAUAUCUUAUUUUAAACAUUGAGUAAUAAGCUUUUUGAUGCAGAAA